CAUUUUCACACUUUACUUUACGGGUUGGUUUCCAUCAAGCGUUCAAACGCGGCGAUUGUUUGACAGGAAACCACAUUGGACAUAUCGAACAAGCAUUUCGUAUCGCAACGAGCGGCCAUUGGCAGGCGACAUCGAGACGAAACCAAUACAAGCUUUAUCGAGAUUGAUUUGAAAGUCCCCCCGCUUCUUAUUAUUGCGAUGGAAAAGCGACCAUACAUCGCGCCGUCGGGACCAUCCUCAAGUGGCGGACGGGCAAGUGACCGAUGGAUGCCGAUUAGCGCCGGUCCCAGUCGCACGGGGACGCCAGGCGAAGCCAGCCCCAGUUCAAACAUGUCUCGCGGCAGUCCGGCGUCGAGCCGCAUUUCGCGCUACGAUGAGCAUGAUGACGAGGAGCUGGGCGAGACCGAUCCCGCUUUGCAACGUGUCGAUCCGUGGCUCUCGGCUGCAACAGCAACAGCCUCGGCCCUUGAGCUUCCAAACGCCCUGAGCAGCAACCAUCAACCCAAACCCCAGGUGACUGGUUGGUUUUCGCAACUGGUGACCCAACAACAACAGCAACAGCAUCAACACCAACACCAGCAGCCGCAGCAACUGCACGCUGAGCACCAUCAACAACAACAGGGGCACUCCAAGCCGUCUUCUUCUUCUUCUGCAUCUUCUUCUUCCACACCUGCCGUUGCCAGCGAUGCAAGUCUUCACGACGGUGGGGUAGGAUCGCCAUCAGAGGCCUCCACUGCCACCUCAUCCCGCCGCAACUCGACAUCGUCCUCCAUUUCGUCGUUUGUCGACCCAACCCAGACCGAGCUCGAGUUGCGGCAACAGUCGCCGCUGCUCAGGUUACCUCCAGAAAUUCUCGCCUUCCUUUGCAUGCAGCUGGAUGUUGUGAGUCUCGGCAAUCUCUCUCUCACCUGCAGGAUGAUGUACCACAUUGGCUCGCUCUUGGAGGUCUGGUACUACAUUUGCAAGCGCGACCACUUGAAAGUGCUGCACACGCGCGAGCCAAAUGUCGACUGGCGCCUCGUGGUGCUCACCUUGUGUAAAUACGACCCUUUAAAGUGCGUUCUAUUCACUCCGCACAUGACACGGCUGUUGGCCACGGGUGGCGGGAGGCGUCGCAGCAGCACCAUUCCGUCCUCGCCCGGCGGCACGCCCCAUUCAAUCGAGGCCGCCCUGAGGAAGGACUCUCCUUCCCUGCCGAGCCCCGGGUCUUUGUCGACCUCUUUGCCAGGCAGCUCUCCCUUCAUGCCAAAUGGCAGCGAUGGGCACCCGCCCACGCUAUUUUUGCCCCCGAAUGCGGCAGAAGCCGCCUCGUUCAAGCAGCAACACGGCCAUGUUCCUCCUGGCUUUUGGAACAGGCACAUUGCGCCGCGGACGCGUCAGGAGCUGAUCGAUCGCGUCAACUAUGUAGCUCUGGCAUUCAUGCAGGACGACGCCAUCGUCGUCCGGAUGACCUCUGCGGCUCAUAAAAUUCGCGAGUAUGGCGCGUACAAGAUUGCCGAGGGCCUCUUCCAGCAUGCGUACGACAUUUCGUUGAUUUUAUUCGAGGCGCUGGCCCUUCAGGAUAAGGUUUCCACCUUUGCCAUCAGCGACCAAGAUGUAAACACGUUUGCCGCAUCCAACUUUAGUCGUCGGCACCACGCACAUGGCUCUGCGCAUGCUCAUGGACAUGCCGCAGGGCAAGGGCAAUCUUCGGGAGAUGCGUCUGCCGCCGCGGGAUUACACCGGCAAGACUCGACACAGCGUCCGCCAUUGGAUUCGGCCACAACGAAACUGGCGUCUGCCACCACCAAAGAGGCGGCUCCUGCAGGUGUCCCGGAUCUUCAAACCUUGUGCGUUCGUGCCCUGGUGUGCCAGAAAGUUACUCUGGCUGACGUGUCGACAAAGCUGUCCUCAAGUGCGCUUGCCGUGCUGACACGCGGCUGUGCAGCCAAGCGGCUGGCCGAUGCCCUGUACAACUUGUCGCUCGUCAAGGGCAACCAGGGCCGCUUGACUGGCGAGAACGGUGCGAAGCGGCUCCGCGAGCGCUCAAUCGUCAUGUACAAGGCGACGCUCGGCUCGGAGCGAGAAGAGGUUGCGAACGCCACGUUUGCCCUUGCCGACAUUCACUACGUGCUGCACGACUACUCGGAAGCCCUACCGUUGUAUGAAGAGGCCCUGCGGAUUCGACAAAAACUGUUUGCCGAAGAUAGCGAAGAAAUGGCCCAGACGUUUGUCGGCCUGGGCUUGGCGUACGAUGGUUUGAGUGAGUUUGACCUUGCAGAGCAGCACUAUCUCAAGGCACUGCCAAUCCGCGAGCGGAUACACGGCCCGAGCCAUCCCAAGGUGGCUCGGGUGUGCGUCAAUCUCGGCGCCUUGUACAAGUCUCGAGGCGAGCUGCAAAAGACCAUCCCCCUGUACGAGCGUGCGCUGGCCAUCCGCGAGCGCUGGCUUGGACCGGACCAUCCGUACACGGCCCGCGUACGCGAGAACUUGAGGCGCACCAAGUUUAAGCUGGAAGAGAUCAACAACCCUCGUCGUGCUGUGGUCCUCGGCGAACCCAAUCCUGCCGCCCCUCAGGCGCAAGGUGCUCACCAACCGCCCAAUGGACCACAGCAGCACCAACAACAGCACCAGCAGCAGCAGCACCAGCCGCACCCUGCGCCGCAAGGCACAGCAGCUCAAGGUCGCCGGACCGACCCACAGACUGCACAGGCCCCAGAACCGCCACAGCGGCGCUCCGUCCCGCGUACAGAUCCAGGUAGCGCGCGGAACUCUACGGCAUCCAUUGGCACGGGAGCGCGCACGCCAACCAAUCCGCCAGCUGCGACUGGCAGUGGUACUUGCACCAUUUUGUAAUUCUGUUGGUUUGUCCUUCCUCUUUGACAACCAAAGGCCUUGCUUGUGGUUGAGGGAAAAAAAACCCCCGGGCUUUCCAGUCUGAGCAACUUUUUGCCAUGACCGUUUCGCCCAAUUUCCUAUCCUGUAAUUUUUUGUUAAUAGAACAACUCUCUCCAAC